AUGACUUCGCGGUCUAGAAAGAGAGUUUCAGAGGCCUCUGAUAACUUUGUUGUUGAUGACGGGGCUCCUCUUAACAAGAAGUCGAGGACUAAUGCUUCACGCUUCUCUAGUUCGACUGGCUCCCGUAAUUCCCAUGGGGUUUCUACCAGAAAAGAAGACUCAAAUGGCGAUAGCUACUGGGAAAUCUCAAAAAUGCGUCGCAUCACCAUAUCCUCUUUUCGGGGAAAAGUUAUGGUUAACAUCAGGGAAUAUUACGAGAAGGAUGGAGAAGAGCUUCCCGGGAAAAAGGGUAUUUCAUUGCCAAUCGAUCAAUUUUCCGCCCUGUUAGCUCUCCUACCUGACAUCGAAACUGCAUUGCAAGAGAAGGGAGUAUCGAUCCCUCGACCAGAUUAUGUCGAGUUAGGUGCAAACUCCGAUGGUGACGAUGGAGAGAAGGGCCUGACUGACGAACUCUCGGGAGCUCGGCCCUCGCGAAUGAAUAUUGAAGCUACAAGUGACGAGGAUGAGAGCGAAGAAUAG